GCAGCUUGGGCUGGCAGAACAGCCUGGAGGUGGGCCAGGGCGCAAUGGAGACAGGGGGCUCCCUGGGUUUGGAACAAAGAAUUCACAGGCAGGUCCCCUGAAACUGGGUCGGCAGGACGGUGGUGGAGCCCGAGAGAGGGCACAGGCAGGAUGGCCGAUGCUGACAGGAACCAGCGGUGACUCUGGGGCCCCUGGCAGCAGCUCUGUCUCCUGAAGAUGAAGUGGCCCAGGUGAAGCCCAGGCCAGCCCCAAUGGCCAGCUCGGAGACUGAGAUCCGCUGGGCUGAGCCUGGCCUGGGGAAGGGCCCCCGGCGGCGGCGCUGGGCCUGGGCCGAGGACAAGAGGGAUGUGGAUAGAAGUAGUUCACAAAGCUGGGAAGAAGAGAGACUCUUUCCCAAUGCCACCAGCCCCGAGCUCCUAGAGGACUUCCGCCUGGCCCAGCAGCACCUGCCGCCCCUGGAGUGGGACCCGCACCCGCAGCCCGAUGGGCAUCAGGAUUCCGAGUCAGGAGAGACUUCGGGAGAAGAGGCUGAAGCAGAGGAUGUGGACAGCCCAGCAAGUUCCCACGAGCCUCUUGCCUGGCUCCCCCAGCAGGGCCGUCAGCUGGACAUGACUGAAGAGGAGCCAGAUGGGACCCUUGGAAGUCUGGAGGUUGAGGAGGCUGGAGAGAGCUCCCCAAGGUUGGGGUAUGAGGCUGGUCUCAGCUUGGAAGGCCAUGGAAACACCAGUCCCAUGGCUCUUGGGCAUGGUCAGGCCAGGGGCUGGGUGGCUUCUGGCGAACAAGCCAGUGGGGACAAACUUUCUGAACAUUCCGAGGUCAACCCAUCCGUUGAACUCAGCCCGGCAAGGUCCUGGAGCAGUGGGACAGUGAGCCUCGACCACCCUAGUGACAGCCUUGAUUCUACCUGGGAAGGAGAGACCGAUGGCCCCCAGCCCACUGCCCUGGCAGAAACCUUGCCAGAGGGCCCCAGCCACCACCUCCUAAGCCCAGAUGGCAGAACUGGAGGCAGUGUUGCUCGGGCAACCCCCAUGGAAUUCCAGGACUCCUCAGCUCCCCCAGCCCAGUGUCCGCAGCGUGCCACAGAUAGAUGGAGGAGAGAAACAACCAGAUUCUCCUGCCCUCAGCCCGAGGAACACAUCUGGAAGCAGACAAAGACGUCACCUAAGCCACUCCCUUCCCGAUUCAUUGGCUCCAUCAGCCCCCUGAAUCCCCAGCCCAGGCCAACCCGGCAGGGCAGGCCGCUGCCCAGACAGGGAGCCACUCUGGCUGGCCGCUCCUCUUCUGAUGCCCCCAAGUAUGGCCGGGGGCAGUUGAACUAUCCACUCCCUGAUUUCUCCAAGGUAGGGCCCCGGGUGAGAUUCCCCAAAGAUGAGAGCUACCGUCCCCCCAAGUCCAGAAGCCACAACAGGAAGCCUCAGGCCCCUGCCAGGCCCCUCAUCUUCAAGUCACCAGCUGAGAUUGUGCAGGAGGUGCUGUUGAGCAGUGGAGAAGCAGCCCUGGCAAAGGACACGCCUCCUGCCCACCCUAUCACCAGGGUACCCCAAGAAUUUCAGACGCCUGAGCAAGCCACUGAGCUGGUCCAUCAGCUCCAGGAAGACUACCACAGGCUCCUCACCAAGUACGCUGAGGCCGAGAACACCAUUGACCAGCUACGCCUCGGGGCCAAGGUGAACCUGUUCUCUGACCCACCCCAGCCCAACCACAGCAUCCACACGGGAAUGGUGCCCCAGGAGACCAAGGUCUUGUCCUUCACCAUCCCACAGCCCCGCUCUGCAGAGUGGUGGCCGGGCCUGGCCGAGGACCCCCAGGCCUCUGCGGCCUCAGGGUGGCCAUCAGCUCGAGGAGACUUGAGCCCCUCCUCGCUUACCAGCAUGCCCACCCUGGGGUGGCUUCCAGAGAACCGGGACAUCUCUGAGGACCAGUCCUCAGCAGAGCAGACCCAGGCACUGGCUUCUCAGGCCAGCCAGUUCCUGGCCAAGGUGGAGUCCUUUGAAAGACUGAUACAGGCAGGACGUCUCAUGCCCCAGGACCAACUCAAGGGCUUCCAGCGGCUGAAGGCUGCCCACGCGGCCCUAGAGGAGGAGUACCUGAAGGCUUGUCGGGAGCAACACCCUGCCCAGCCGCUUGCCGGCUCCAAGGGGACGCCUGGAAGAUUUGAUCCUCGCAGGGAGCUGGAGGCAGAGAUAUACCGUCUGGGAAGCUGUCUGGAAGAGCUGAAGGAACACAUAGACCAGACCCAGCAAGAGCCUGAGCCGCCCGGGUCAGACUCAGCUCUGGACCGCACCCCAGCCCUGCCCUGCCUCCAUCAGCCAACCCACCUGCCUGCUCCUUCUGGACAAGCCCCCAUGCCAGCCAUCAAGACCUCCUGCCCUGAGCCUGCUACCACCACUGCCGCCGCCAGCACUGGCCCCUGCCCAUUGCACGUAAAUGUGGAGGUGAGCUCUGGCAACAGUGAGGUGGAGGACAGGCCACAGGACCCCCUGGCCCGACUCAGGCACAAGGAGCUGCAGAUGGAGCAAGUUUACCAUGGCCUCAUGGAGCGGUACCUCAGUGUGAAGUCUCUCCCAGAAGCCAUGAGAAUGGAGGAGGAGGAAGAAGGAGAGGAGGAGGAGGAGGAGGAAGAGGGGGGAGGUGACUCCCUGGAAGUUGAUGGGGUGGCUGCAACUCCAGGGAAAGCAGAGGCCACCAGGGUCCUCCCAAGGCAGUGCCCGGUGCAGGCUGAGAAAAGUCAUGGGGCUCCCCUGGAGGAGGCCAUGGAGAAGAUGGUAUCUGUGAAGCCACCAUGUUUCCAGGCAUCCCUGGCUAGAGACGGGCACAUGUCAGGCCUGGGCAAGGCUGAGGCAGCCCCUCCAGGCCCUGGCGUGCCACCCCACCCUCCAGGCACCAAGUCUGCAGCAUCCCACCAAAGUAGUAUGACCAGCCUGGAGGGAAGCGGCAUCUCUGAGCGCCUUCCACAGAAGCCUUUGCACCGAGGCGGUGGGCCCCACCUGGAGGAGACCUGGAUGGCGUCCCCAGAGACAGACAGUGGCUUUGUGGGCUCAGAAACAAGCAGAGUUUCACCCCUCACCCAGACUCCAGAGCACCGGCUCUCCCACAUCAGCACAGCAGGAACAUUAGCCCAGCCCUUUGCUGCAUCUGUGCCCAGGGAUGGAGCUUCCUACCCCAAGGCCAGGGGUUCUCUGAUUCCCAGAAGAGCCACAGAGUCCAGCACACCCCGGAGCCGAGCACAGAGGCACCUCUCCAGCCCAAGUGGGCCUCUCCGGCAGAGGGCACCCAACUUCAGCCUGGAGCGGACACUGGCAGCCGAGAUGGCGGUUCCUGGCUCAGAGUUUGAGGGGCACAAACGGAUUUCUGAACAGCUCCUUCCCAAGAAGACAAUCAGCCCACCCCCAGCCCCCGCCCCUGCCGCUGCGCCUCUACCCCGUGGACCAACAGAGACCAUCCCCAGCUUCCUGCUCACCAGGGCAGGGCGAGACCAGGCCAUCUGUGAGCUGCAAGAAGAGGUGUCCCGGCUCCGUCUGCGGCUGGAGGACAGCCUGCACCGGCCACUCCAGGGCAGCCCGACACACCCAGCAUCUGCCUUUGACCGCCCCGCCCGGACCCGCGGCCGGCCAGCAGACUCCCCAGCCACUUGGGCCUCCCAUUAUGGCAGUAAAUCCACAGAGAGAUUGCCUGGUGAGCCUAGAGGUGAAGAGCAGAUUGUCCCUCCAGGAAGGCAGCGAGCCAGGUCUUCCUCAGUGCCUCGGGAGGUGCUCCGACUGUCCCUGAGUUCAGAAUCUGAGCUGCCCUCCCUACCACUGUUCUCUGAGAAGAGCAAGACCACCAAGGACAGUCCACAGGCAGCUCGGGAUGGAAAGAGAGGGGUGGGCAGUGCUGGAUGGCCAGACAGGGUCACCUUCCGGGGCCAAUACACAGGGCCCAUGCUUGGUUCUGGGAAGUCUGUUCAGCUGGUCGAUCCUAAAGAAGUUCUGAUCACCUGCGCUUUUCCGGCUCGGAGCAUACAGGGUGGACACUGAAUUGGAUGUGCCAUUUGCACCUGGCUUCCUUCAGGUUCUCAUUUCCAGAGGGCCCCUGUGUCUCAGGAAACAGGACCUGGCACAGAGUAAAGACUUGAGAUGACACAUGGUAGCAUUUCAAGUGCUUAUAACAUUAACACAAAAAUAUGGGUUGGGUGUGGUGGCUCACACCUCUAAUCCCAGCACUUUGGGAGGCCGAGGUGGGAGAAUCACCUGAGAUUAGUAGUUCAAGACCAGCCUGGCCAAUGUGACAAAACCCCGUUUCUACUAAACAUGCAAAAAAAAUUAGCUGGGUGUGGUGGCGGGUGCCUGUAAUCCCGGCUAUUUGGGAGGCUGAGGCACAAGAAUCUCUUGAACCCAGGAGGCAGAGGUUGCAGUGAGCCAAGAUCAUGCCAUUGCACUCCAGCCUGGGUGACAGUGAGACUCUGUCUCAAAAAUACAUAAAUAUAUAUAUAUGGAUAUGGUUCUCACCUUCAUGAAUCUGCCUGUAGCAGAGAAGAUGAUAACCAAUAGGUAAUUAUAGUAAAGGCAUCAUCUCUCACAGACACCUUGCAGAAGAGGGAGGGCUGCUGACCUCAGAUUCUGGGGACAAGGCAAGAGGCCAGAGGCACAUUCUGCUCCAUGGAGCAUAACGAGGGAGUGGACAGAGGCCAAGGAGUUAGAAACGACAGUAGCAGGAACACCUCCAAGCUCACCGGACAAUCUCUCUGUGGACUUACUAGCAAAAGGAAAGAGAUGAUAUCAUUGGAUGAGGUUUUAUGUAGCCUUUAAAGGUGAUCUCGACCCUUAAAAGUGAGCUUAACCUGGAGAAAUGCUUCCAACACAAUGAGAGGAAGAGAAUAUAGAAGUCAAAACCAAAGACUCUGAAGUCAGUCUCACAGAAAAUGGCUCUGAGCCUCUCUGACCCUCAGAUUCCUCAUCUGUCGCGUCGGGAAAAUAAGAGCAAUUACAUUCAGCUCCACAUACACAAAGCCAGAACAGCACAGGAGGGAAAUGAGAUGAUGAGACCGCUCCACAGUGGCUUCAGGUGUCACCCAGAAGGCCUUAUUUGAAACUCAGGGGUGGGUAAGGCAGGAGGUGGUGGGGCUGGGUGAGGAGGCCACAGUCUGCCCAGCUUUCUCAUAACAUCAACUGCUUUCCAUCUACCAGGCACUGGGCGGAGCACGAUACAGAUACGGCCCCGUUCAGUUCUCCCAACAAGCCUGUGAAAUGGGCGCUAUGUUUAUCCCCAUGUUACAGCCACUCAGAACAUGGGGAGAAAAUACCACUGACCCCGUGCCCGAGCCAUUCAGAUCCAAACCAGCAAGUCGGGGUGUGGGGAAUAGCAUCACUUGUUCAUUUCUUAUUGUUGCUUUGCUUAUCGUUUCUUCCUGGCCUGCUUUCAAAUCCUGACUUAGCCUGGGUGUGUUGGUUGCUACUGGAUUCAGCUGGUUCUAGGAUCUGAGAUGAAACAGAAUAGGAGUCUGGAAAAAGCUUACAAUAAACAGACACAAAGAUGUUCGGUGACGUAUA